UGGUUCAGUACACGUGAACGUUGGCGAAAUAAGUAUUCAUCUUAUACUUAUGUAAAACUAUUAAUAUUACAGUGAAACAUAUUCGCUGUUACGAUUGAACGUUUCCGUAUUUACUAAAUAGGCACUAAAGGUACAAAAGUAUGGGUAUUAAAAUAUAAUUAAAGUGACAAAAGUGGUCACUAUGCAGUAUGGCCCAUUUAAGAAUAAUAUGAAUAUAUUAUAUUUCUUCAUGCGAUCAUCUCAUUAAUGAUGCAGCUGGUAGAGUUGGAGCUGAUUUGAACAAGCAGAUGCUAUAAAAUAAAUUGAGUAAUGAUGGAAAAAACCCUAAAAAGGACUAAAAACUAAAUGAUUAAAUGAAUUACAAGUAGCUCGAGUAAGUGUCCUGGCAGUAAAGGUCGUCCGACUGGCAUAUUCCACCACUGCCCAUGAGAGAUACUUACUUUCAUUUCAGAGUCAUUGCCAAGCACAUACUUUUUUCGUCAGAGUUGUUGCUACCAGUAUUUCAAAUUCAACAUCGCAAUUCCAGUUCGAUGCAAAACAUUACGGACAUAUUUGUAAACAUUAGUAUAAAUUCACGAUGAUACACUCCCAAAAUAUAUUUGGUUAUUUCUCGGAGUUAUUGCUUCCACUGGAUUUUAUCUUGUAACCACCAAACAAGUCGGCAAAGAAACGUGUGAGUACAACAAAAAAAAGUAUUGACUCCAGGGACUUAAGUGUAAAAUACAUGACAAAUCAACAUGUUGUGUCUAUAUAUUUCUGAUAUCGCGCUACAUAAUUCUACUUUGAUAAAUACAACGUUUGUAUCCGAUUUACUGUGCAGUUGAAAUCAUGAUGGGAGAUUUGUGAAAACGGGUCAACCGUAGUUUGAAUUGCUUAAUCGAGAGUGAAAAGCUGGUCUAUAAAGUGGAGGAUAUUCCCAACACCCCGUAAAGGCACCAUCUUGCUGGGCAGCGUGACCGUCUACGCAGCAUGCAGCGGUACUGAGGCGGUCCGAUCUCUCGUUGCUUUUACAAAGAACAACAAGCUGGACAAAUCAAACAAGUCACCAAGAAUUACAUCGCAGCGACAGUUUGCUGUUCAGACAUAUGUUGGGUCUCUAAUGUGUGUGGGGGAUUGAUGAAGAGUUUAUAUGCGUGGGUAGCGUUACCAGGAUCGUUAGAGAAAUAUAAAACAAAACCAUUUUGAAAUGCUUUUGCUCGUUCGCGUUGAAUUCUGGGCAUUUCUCACUCUGCCCUCCCUGGUCCUCCUAACUUAUUUCGGCUGCAGCAAGGAGCUGUAGAACAUGCCGGCUGAUACCGGAAACUGGUUAAUGUAUUUCUAAAAUGAAGGCAUAUCAUGUGCAUCUAGCGGGAACAAAACGAGAAAAGUAACCGAAACCGUUUGACGUAAUAAAGUCGAUUAAAACGUUAUCUAUGGAGCCUCAACUGCCUUUAGCCUCCCCUCUCGUUUCAUUAUUUUACAAACACACUGGUCCGUGGUGGUUUUAUUUUGAAAACGCUACACGGAGACCGCGCGCUCUCGUACCGUCCAGCUUGACACCAGUAGACGCUUCACUCCCUCCAUUCAUUUCAUUCGCGCACAGUCGCAUCCUAGCAGCGAGCCCUCCCCUCCUGUUUCUCUCCGCCUGGAAAGAUGGCUGCUCCGGUGGUGGCGAGGAGCUCCGGCCCGGCGCUCUGCCCGAGCUUCGCGGAGGUCUGUUCUUUCCUAGAGCGAUUCGGAGCGGUUCUGGACCUGCCCGAAAUGACUUUCCCGCAGAUGGAGCGGUAUCUGCGGGACAAGACGACAGUUCCCAAACCGCUGGUGGAGCUCCAUGUGAAGCUGCUCAGAAAACUGGGGAGGUCUGUGACUACUGACCGCUGGGAAAAAUACCUGGCUAAGGUUUGCCAGGAGCUGAACGGCACCUGGGCAUGGGAGCUGGAACAGGAGGGCUACAUGGGGAUGUCCAUGGAGUGCAAGUCCUGCAUCCUCAAAUAUCUCUGUGAGUGUCAGUUCGAUGACAACCUUAAGUUCAAGACGGCGAUCAACGAGGAGGAGCCGGAGAAGAUGCGUCUGCAGCCCGUCGGUCGGGACCAGCAGGGCCUGAUGUACUGGCUCCAGCUGGACCACGAGCAGAACAUCCGGCUGUACACCGAGGAGCAGGACGAUCUGGACGGAUCAACUUGGAACUGCAUCGUCAGGACUCGUAAUGACCUGGCCGAGGCUCUGGAGCUGUUGAAGUCUCAGGUUGAAGGAAAACAGAAUCCGGAUGCGGAUCCGAACCAGAACCUGUGUGGUUCCAGAAGCAGCAGCCCUACACAGAAAGAUGAAGUGGAUGAAGCCAUUGGAGUCACCGAACCCAGCAGGACCGCUGAGCAACGCACCGACAGACAGACAGUCCAUCCUGUUAAGGAGGAGGAGCCACUGACACAAGAGGUGAAGCUGGAGGAGACGCUGCCCACCAAGCAGGCAAACACUGAGGUCGAGGUUAAAGAGGAGAAGGUCGACAGCAAAUCUCCGCCCGUCUUCGACAACCGCGUGAGCACCAUCACCACCAUCGUCAAGCUGGAAUCCAAGGACCCCGACGCCCCCAAAAACGCUGUGUCGGUUGUCAUGGCGCCGGGCGCGACCGCCACGAAGCCGGGGGCAAUCAAAGAAGGGGAGGCGGAGCGGGCGGUUGUCAGGAGCAGCCAGCAGGCCAAGAUACCACUGAAGAAGAGGGAGCUUAAGAUCGCGGAGAGCUACCACGGCAACCACCUCAACAACAGUAACAACAACAACAGCAGUAUUAUUGUUUGCAACCCAUCAGUGAUCCAGACCAAGGACGCGAGCAAAGAGGGCAAGUUGCCCGGCCCGUUGGCGCCCCCUGGUGGUCUGACCACCUCACAGCCGCCUCCUCAGCAGCCGUUGGUCACCGCGUCGAGGCAGGAACUGAGCAACGGGGGAGCGUUUCUCCCCUUGCUGCACAAGGAGGGACAAAAUGGCGUGAUAGGGGUCAUAGGUCAAGUUGGCGUCGUUAGUCACGUGGGGGUCAUCCGCAGCCCAUCUGAGCGCCACAGAGCCCCCGGCGCCGAGCAGCAAGAACAAAACGGGCCCGGUUUAGACCAGCGGGAGCCCGCCGCCGAGCAGGACGAGAGGGAAGUCAGCCGGCAGUCGGUGCUGGUGAGGAAGGGAGCUGUGGAGGGGGGGGCGGCCGGAGCAGCCAGCGACGCUCAAAUGGCUGAAAAACUACCGCCACCGCCACCCUUAAAAUCUGAUCCGCUCCCCGACGCUGUAGGGGGAAAAGUAGUUUCCAUUAGCCUGUCCUCACUGUCUAUGUGCCAAGAGGACCCCAAACAACAGGCGGCAGGAGACCCGGGGGAGGAGACGACAGCGGAGCCGUCAGACCGGGGGACUGACACUCGAGAACAGAAGGAGGACGACGGGGACAAGAGGACAAGUGCGGUUUGUGGACACCCUUUAGCAGGGGAAGGAGCUACAGAUGACCAUAAAAAGAAUAAUAGCACUUUAGGAAAGUCAGAGGCGGAAUCUGAGAGCACUGCUCUGCUUCUGCAAGCCGACCAGCUGGAUACAAAGGACCACCGUGGAGACGGGGUAAACGGGGGGCUGGCUGCCCCGGCGAAGGUGAAGGAGGCUGGGCUCGGAUCGGCGGAGAGGCAGGGUCCCCUAGAGGAAGCCUCCUCUGAGCUCCAGAAAGAAGGAAUCCGGUUAAAGAUCAAGAUCCCCCCUCACCGGAGAAACAAGUUAAAGGGGAAGGGGGGGAAGGAAGAGCAGAAGGAGCGGGAGCAGGAGGUGAACGACGACGGGAGGCUGCUGAGGAGAUCUGCGAGGAUUUGCCGAUCUGCUUUGCCAACCUGCAGGCCGAGCUCCAAGGCGGCUGACAGCGGGGGAAAGAAGCCGCAAAAAAAACAGACGCUGCUCGGCAGAGCGAGGGGGGAGGAGGAGGAGGAGGAAGAAGAUGAUGAAGAGGAGGAGGAUGAAGAGGAACAGAGUUCAACUGCCAAGAAUGAUGGAAAAACAGAAGCUGUCGGCCAAAUAAGAAAACAGAAGGGUAAACGGAGGCAUCGGCGCCCCCGAUGGUCCAACAUCCGCACAAAGAGACGCAAACUGACCGAGGGGGAGGAGGCAGAAGGCUGGGGGAGGAAAGGGGGCGAGGGGGAGAGCGAGGGAGAGAGAGACUCAGAGGAAUCGUUCAAAUCGGGCGAGAUUCCCAGCGAGGACGCCUGCAGUCACUGUGGCCUGCCCAACCACCCCGAACUGAUCCUGCUGUGUGACUCUUGUGACAGCGGAUACCACACUGCCUGUCUGCGGCCGCCAGUCAUGUUGAUUCCAGAUGGAGAGUGGUUCUGUCCCCCCUGCCAGCAUAAGCUGCUGUGUGAGAAACUGGAGGAGCAGCUGCAGAACCUGGACAGUGCUCUGAAGAAAAGAGAGCGAGCAGAGAGGAGGAGGGAGCGGCUGGUGUACGUGGGAAUCAGUGUGGAGAACAUCAUCCCUGAGGGAGAUCAGCCAGAAGAGGAGAAGUCAACGAAGAAGAAAGAUCCCAAAAAGAGCAAGAAUCUCGGGAGGAGAUCAACCAGAACCAGGAAGAACAUCAGCUACAGGUUUGAUGACUUUGACGAUGCCAUUGAUGAGGCGAUCGAGGAGGACAUCAGAGACAUCUGUGGAGGAGCAGGACAAGGCCGAGACAUCGCCGCCAUCCUUUCGGAGGAAGGAGCAAAGGGGAGCCAGCGGCCAAUCAGAAGCCAGGCGGACUCUGCCAGGAACAGGAAGAGACGGAGACUGAACGACCUGGAGAGUGACAGCACGGCGGCAGAGAGCGAAGACGAGUUCAUGCUCAGCAACAGCUCAGAGGAUGAAGAUUUUGCCGCGUCAGGUCCUGAUGAUGACGAGGUGGAAGACGAAGAGGCGGGCAGUGUAGAAAGUGGGUCCCGCUCCGCGCGAGCGGUGAGAGGAUUGCCCAAGCAGCGACCCGGCAUCAAGAAACGCAGGGACAGGAAGCGGCCGAGGCGGCGGCGGAGACGCUCCUCUGAGGAGGAGGAGGAGGAGGAGGAGAGCGACGAAGAAAUAGGCUCAGAUCAGUACAGCGACAUGAGCGACAGCGACGCCGAUAAGAAGAGGCGGGGAUUGAGGCGCGGCCAGCGCCAGCAGGUCAACUACCGCGAGACGUCCGAAUCGUCGGACAACUCCCGGGCCUCCACCAAGAAUUUCAAGGUCAAAGGCCGCGGCAGACCUCGCAAGGACCACCUCUCCAGCGACUACAGCGAUGCGUCGCCUUCUACCCGGGAGACGGAGGAAGACGAUGAUUAUGAAGAUGAGGAGGAAGAUGGCCAGAGGAGAAGAGGGAAAAAGAGGAGAAGAGAGGAGGAAGACCUCCGGCGAAACCGAGUGAGACAAAAGCGAAGGAGACACGGCGAGGAGGAGCGCGAGCAAGGGAGUCGGCUCAAAAAGACACGCCUGGAGGGGAGGGACAAAGACAAGGCGAGGAGGUUAAGGAGGCCGCAGAGGGAGGAGGAGGACGCGGAGAACAUGGGCAGGGGGAAGAGGAGAGAGAUCUUGUCGCUGCAGCGCCGUAAGCGCCUCGCCCAGAUGCUGAAGAAGAGGCGGCCUUCAACGGACGACGAGUCGGAGUCGUCUUCCGACGACUCCGACUCGACAACGUCGUCGUCAGAAGAGGAUCGCCCCGUCCGCAAAAGACUGAACCGCAUCGACUCCGAUGACGAUGAGGAGGAAGAUGAGGAGGAGGAGGAGGAGGGCGGGAGGCCGGAGAAGGCACCGAUGUGUUCAGCGGUGGAGAAGAGGUCCGACAGCGACACCCAGGAGAAGGGGAGGGGCCGCAGCCUGUCUCCGUCGAACAGACAUCGGACCUCCAGGGGCCCGGCAAAGCCCGGGGACGGGAGUCCCGCUGAGCCCGGGGACGGUGCGGGAUCAGACGGGGGUGGGAGGCACAAUGGCCCCUCAAAUCCAGAGGAGAAGGACGAGGUGGAGGAGGAGGGCCACACAGACUCGUUAAACUCUGCCCAGAACAGUCCGCGGUCGUGAUGGCUGCGUUAGUGGGAAUAACGCUCGCUUCUUGUCUUUUUCUUUUCUCUUUUGUAACUUUCGGGCCUUUUCACCAAACCACCUUUUUGAAAAACGGGCUCCCCCCAGCUCCCGCUCCUUCUCCGUCUUGCUUUUCCUCCUUGUUGUUGUUUUGUGUUGAGAGCGCUCUCCACGGUCACACACUGUGACCUCAUAGCCACAAAACUCACGAGCUACACAUCCACACUGAACAAAACCAGCCGGCAGGACCAAAAAAAUCCAUUAGAAAAAGGCCCCCGGCUUCAGGACGUCAGUGUUUCAGUGGACGCCCCCGCAAGGAUGGCGCUGGAUUCGUCCCAUGUGGUUUCGGAGCUGACUUGGUCACAGGAAUCUGGAGCACUUGGUCACUCUAAUAGCACUUAACAACCCAAAGCCGAGGAGGGUGUCAGUGUCCAACCGAACACCUACGAUCAUCUGACCUGAUGGUGGGCGACGCCAAAGCCCAUCGCUACGACGACAAAAAAAGCUAAAGCUUUCCCUCGUAGAAUCUUUGCAUCCUGAUAGAUUUGUAUUAAUCCUGGUACCCGAUACUGUGGUAUGGUAGCGUGUUUUUGGUGCGGACAAUGUUGUUUCCAACGUUGUGUGGCUCUACUGGAAGAAGUACCCAGUGUCCUUAGGGUCUGAUCACACAAAGACGCGUCACUAAUUUGUAUGCACCGCGAGGGAAACUCUGGGGCCCGACUCCUAGACUGCAGUUAAAAAGUGCUUGUUUAAAGUCGCUGAUUCCAUGCAUGUUGUUUUUGCAACACUUGAACAUAACGGUGGCGUAGAUACGCAAUAUACGUCACUGGUAGCUGCAGCGAUCCGUCAGUGACUGUAGCCCCGCCCUAAAGCCGCCCCUGAAUGGUGUAUUUUGCGCUACAUGGUUUACUGCUUAUCAGUCUGUAUUGAAGAAGAGUUCAAACUAGAGAGAAGUUCAUGUUCAGUGACUUCUAAGUAGCCACAGGAGUCGCCCCCUAUUGGUCAGUAGAGCGAAUGCACGUUUUAAGACCGCCAAGCUUUAAAAUGAGAGAACAAUGUUGUUUUUGUGGGCCGUGCUUUUCUGGCGACACGUCUCUGUGUGAUCUGGGUGAAUCGCUCCUCACAGCGAAAUGCUAAUUCUAUGUAAUCCUGGACAUCCAAUCAUGACCCAUGUGAACUGAUGGUGUAAAGUGGCCCCGGGGCUCCAGAGUCAGGCUCCUCCCAAACAGCUGACAAAAAGCUUAAUAACUACGAUAUCCUCAAAAGGAUGGACACUGUUUGAACAAAAUAUGAGAAGUAUUACAGUAUUUAGGAGUGUUUGUCUCCCAAAGAGGCCCCAGUUUUGCAGACAAUUAAUCCAUUAAAUCAACAGGUAAUCAAUAAGGGUAACAAACAUUGGAUGCAGCCAUUUUAAAUAUACUGUUUACGCCCCGUUUGCUGCUCCAGAUUCAGCCCGUGUGGAAUGUUUGGUCUUGUAAAUGCAGACUUCAGAGGAUCCAGACUUAGUUGGUGUCAAAUUUCAAAUGAAUCACCGAUGACAUCAUCAGAACGUUCAUUUAACAUUAAAGAGAUAGUGGGAAUGUGUGAGUUUUUCCCAUUAUACAGUGUAUUACUACAGUAGAUGGAGUUAAGAGAAGCAGCACAGGAGCAAAGAACGCUGUGGAUGGGGCCAAAUGUAUUUUAGACACCACAAGAACAAGUUGGCGCCAUACUGAGGAUAUAUUCCCAGUGGUGAGAUGGUCCUUUACGAAAGGGGACUGAAGCUGUUAUUGAUUAUCUCUUCAAAUUCACAAGACUGUUGACAAAAACAUGAAUUUGACCUCACGGGAAACCGGAGACGCAGGUCGACCUCCACUGGUUGGUUAGUCUGUGUGACUCAACACCAUCCAACCCACUGACGGAGUCUCUGUGUACUCGAGGUUAAAUCCGUCCUUAGCGGUUCACCCUCACUGUUUCUCCAGACUCCACCUACUGUACGUGAAACCCUGAGUACGGGUUAUCAUGCCAGCCCACUACCAAGCGCGUGACCGCUCCCUUCAAAGAGCUCGGCCCACAUUUUGGGUCCAGGUGUUCGGUUUCAGACAUUUCCCUCAUUCGGCCCAGGUGUGGAGACCCUGUCUGCUGUACAUACUUUGCCUGUGCGCCGUUUCCCUGUAAGAUACUAGAUGUUCUGUUCUCUCUGUCUUCUUGUAAAAUAUAGUGUUCUAUUUUCUAUAUGAAGGAGGGAGGAGAGAUGCUGCUGUGAGUGAUGUGUGGACCGGUGAGGUUUCUUUUUUGACUGAUUUGUUUUGUUUUCACAUUCCUGCGGCCGUUGAUUCUUUUCAUUUUUCUUUGUGUGGAGUCAGACCAGCGUGGAGUUUGUUCCCCAGGAGAAUGACCAGGACUGCUCACGGGUAGAGCUUCUUUCACCCUGGAAGCAAAGGAAUUUGUAGGUUACAUUUACUGGUCGCAGAUCCAUCACCCGGUCACUUUGAAUAGCUAAUGAUUCCCCCUUUUAGACGCAGGCUCCAAAGUUACUGAUAAAUCCUUGCAGAUCUUUUAUUUCUUUGUCAGUAAAUAAAAAAAAGUUCUUUAUUUUGUUUAAGUGUUUAAACUGUUGAUUCUGGAUUUGUCAAACUUUCUAGGUGGAAGCUUGAGUGCUCCAAAGCGAGCAAUAAACCACAUUCACCCAGCGACUCACUUGUCCUUACAGCAACAUGAAGGGAUCCAUCAGUGGCCUCUGCGUUACAUCUGCACUGUGCUUUUGUCUUCUUUCUUUUUUUUAAAUCCUCACAUUCAGCUUGAUUCUGUGUAGUUCAGCAUUUUUAAAUUACAUUUAUCAAAAUGAUGUGAUAUCCUUAAUGUCCCUGCUAGCAAUAAAUUGAAUAUAUUUCUAGUUUUAUCAAUGUAUAGAUGGGGAAGUCAUCAACAAAAAUAACUAAACUGAAGCAGAAAAGACAAAAUGAAAAGUGAGAUUAUUCAUAUUAUUUACACGAUUCUAAAUUAAACUAAAUAUUUAUCAAGAGGCCUUUUUAUUUUCUCAGAUUUUUUUUUUCUUCAAGGCUAGAAGUUGAAUUCCUUUUUAAUCUGAAUUCCAAUGUGACGGAUCAGUUUGAUGAAUCCAGAUCAGUCUGCAGCUCUGAGGGAAUCUCAUCCAGCCCUUGAAAAUAUUUUUUCUUUUUUCUUCAUCUUAAGAUGUGAAAAGAAUUCUGACACAAACUCAAUGUGAAAAACAUUUACUUUUAUACAGUGAAGAUCAUUUUAGUGUGACUCCCUUUUUAGAAAUAGUUUUAUGGUUCACGUGUCAGAUGGACAUCCGACUAAUUUGGGAAAUAUGUCAAAGUAUAUUUUGUAACAUAACAUCUUGUCGGUGAAAUAUAAAACAAUUUUUAAAGGUUGACGUGAAACUUGUGAUGCACAUAAAGAGAAACAGUCAGAUUCUAGGAAUACAUUUUUUGUACUUCUUGUUCCAUGGCGUUUUUUAGUGAGUCGGCAGUUUAUUACCGUUGCCUUCGUGUAGCGAUCAUAUAAUCUGUAAAAAGACUGACAGCUCAUAGAGGUGUUCGUCGGUGAUCUGGUUUAUUAGAUUAUGCUCUGAAACUUAAAGUCGACAAAUGUAUCCUUUGCGAUAACCUUAAUGAACACCAUAACGGUUAAAAGGAAAAAUAAUCUAGUCUUGACCUCACAUUAUAUUAUUGGUUUACAUUUAGCCUUGAGGACGUUGUGGAGAAAAAACUAUUCAGAGAUUUAUCGGUUGAUUUUUUUUUGUUGCAUAAAAGUCAGCAUUAGAAACUAGUUUUGGGUCACAAGAACAGAACUUCUCAGUUUGCCAAAGCGUCAAAUAAGAUGUAACUAGCUGGAAUAACUGGUCCAUAGUCCCCCCCCCCAGGCUACAAUAAAUGUAGGCGACUAAAUGUUCUUUUGGGUGCUUUCCUGAAGUUGUGCAGCUGUGUUGGUCAUCUGAUUCACCAUGAAAGGCUUUUUAGAGGUUAGGAUCUCAUGUAACGCUUGUGUCUAGAUUUUGAACAAGCUUUUCUGGAUAUUGUUCUUAAUGCAGUAUCUUGAUCAUCACAAGGGUUUAAUAUCAUGUAUGAGAUGGACUCCCCUUUGGAGGCAACACACGUCUUUUCUCAUUGGGAUCUGACUGCAUUUGUAUAUCAAUGAUAGUAAAAAAAAAAAAAGCCUCUAGAAAUGUUUUGAAACAAGAUGAAUCUCCCGGCUGCUGUUGGCAGUAAGGGGAUAUCAGGUUGAUGCCCCUCCCCAAAAAACAAAGCGUUCCGCUGACCCCGGCGUGCAUCUGCGUUCGGCACUUGUGGCAGAAUCUGUUGAUUUUAAAAUGUUAAUCUGCAUUCAAACUACUGGAGGUGAAUGUGGCUCCUUCCAUUUCUCUGUUGUACCGUUACUGUAGUAUUGCUGUAACAUGAAUGUUUUCUAAGUUAUUAAAACCAACAUCCCAGGCAUCUCCUCAAAAACA